GGGGGAUUUCAUGAAAAUGUUCAUAUUAUUCUUUUAAACUUUGACACGAGAUUGUGUAUUGGCUAAAAAAUAGAGUUAUUAUGUUUAGUCGUGUAUAUAUUUAAACAGCUUUUAAAAGGUGUUGAAAUUGUUUUUAUUUUAAACAAUCGAUCGCGCCUCCCCUCUCGGGUGAAUGGAGUGUCUGAAGAGAAAUGAUGAAACAGGGGAGUUCAGUGCCGGUUUUUAUUGCGCCGGUGCUCGGUGAAGGACCGAGUUAAAAGUUAGGUAUUUCAUUUCACACGGUGUUUUAGUGAUUGUAGAGAACUGGUGUGUUGAUUAGCGGUUAUUAAGCUAUAUGGUUAACGGGUAUUUAGUGUUGUGUGAUAGCUGAGUUAUAAUGUAUCCGGUAAGGCGCUGCUCUUCGCUCAUACAGAGGGAUCUCGCCGCGCUUUGCCUCUCAUCACGAACAUCUGCUCCGAAACACACCAAACUCUGUCCACUUUCACUACCCGGUGUGACCCGCUGUGGAGUGUCCACUAACGGCCCGAGACAGCCGACAACCAGCCGCUUAUCUCCAUCACUACAGGUGUGUGUGUGUGUGUGUAUUGCAGUGGGUCAGAUGGGCAGCAGCAGUAGUGUCCGGUUCUUCAGUUCUCUGGCUCAGUCUCUGAGCCGCGCACCACUGGAGCCCACGCAAACACACACUGAGGAGUGUGAGUCGGAGCAGGUGGACCCUGAGACGCUACUGCGCGAGUGUGAGGAGGUUCUGCGGACACGCCCACCCCGGCCCCAUCGGGACUUCGUCAGGACCAGGGCCAGCGCCAAACACAACCCGCAGAUCCGAGUCAUGCAGUGGAACAUUCUGGCACAAGCUCUGGGAGAAGGCAAGGACGGUUUCGUGCGCUGCCCAAUGGAGGCUUUAAACUGGGCUGAGAGGAAGUACCUGAUCCUGGAAGAGAUCCUUACCUACAGACCAGACAUCGUGUGUCUCCAGGAAGUGGACCACUAUUACGACACCUUCCAGCCUGUGAUGUCCAGCCUGGGCUACCAGAGCAGCUUCUGCCCCAAGCCGUGCUCUCCGUGCCUGGACGUGUGCGGCAAUAACGGCCCAGACGGCUGCGCCCUGUUCUUCAGUCGCGAGCGCUUCCGUUUGCUGGACGUCCAGCAUCUGCGUCUGUCAGCCGUGGCGCUCAAGACCAACCAGGUCGCCGUCGUGGCGACGCUACAAUGCCAGGUCACGGGACGUGUCUUCUGCGUCGCCGUGACGCACCUGAAAGCGAGGAGCGGCUGGGAAACCUUCCGUGGAGCCCAGGGUGCCAAUCUUCUCCAGCAGCUGAAGGGUAUCUUGAGCAUGCAGCAGGAGGAAGCCGUUCCUUUGUUCGUGUGCGGAGAUUUUAACGCUGAGCCGAGCGAAGAAGUGUACCGCCGCUUUCUGAACUCUCCGCUCGGCCUCGAUAGCGCCUACAGGACUCUGAGCGCCGACGGCUCCUCCGAACCGUCCUACACCACCUGGAAAAUCCGUCCGAGCGGAGAGAGCCAAUCGACGCUCGACUACGUGUGGUACUCGCGCCACGGCUUCAGCGUGGACGCCGUUCUGAGCAUGCCCAGUGAAGAGCAAAUCGGUCCGGACCGCCUACCUUCGUACCACUAUCCAUCCGAUCAUCUCUCACUUGUCUGUGACUUCAGCUUCAUCCAGGAACCCCACAGGCUCAUGUGACUCCCUGAAAACGUUGCUUUGAACAUUCCUAAAUCUUUUCCUGACCUACUGAUGCAAGAAGUUCAACAAGUACCUCAACUCGCUGGAGUUCCACAAAUAAACACUCUCCUAGCUGAUUAAAAUAAACCGAUUCAUCAUAAUUUCGUUGCUGUUCUGUGCAAUAUUACAUAUUUAUUAUCCUGUGGAAACGAUCUCAGGACAGAUGUUCCAGAUGAUGGUCGACAGUUAAUAGUAUGCCAAUAAUUUAUCCUGGUUAAAACAAAAAAAGAAUGUAAUGUUUUUUACGCACAUGUAUUAUUACUCUUUAAACGACUUAUCUUAAUAAAACGAUUAUUUAAUUUAUUAAA